UUAAAUUAAAAGAAAUAAAGAUAGCCAUGACUCGAGUUGGAAACCAUACAAAUAGCCCAGACCCACAAUCAGUUAAUUCGCGUCUUUUCGUAGGUAAUCUCAAUACUUAUUCAGUAACAAAAGAAGAACUGGGCAGAGUAUUUCAGAGAUAUGGUUCUGUUAUCGGAAUUUCUAUGCACAAAGGCUAUGCUUUCGUGCAAUUCACAGAUACCUGGGAUGCAAGAAAUGCUAUUAUGGGAGAAGAUGGAAGAACUUUAGCUGGACAAGUUUUAGAUGUCAACAUGGUAUCAGAACCCAAACCGCAUCAGAUUACAAGAAAGCGACAGGGAUCUGCCUCAAGCACGUGUACUCGACAAGUAUCCCCAGCAAAACGACUAAAAAGCGAAAAAGCAGCUAAGAAAAAAGGAAAACUUGUUUUAUCAACGUUGCAUCGAUCAACUUACAACAAUCCAGAUAUUCUGAUAUGUGGAAAUUGCAAAGAAUUAUUCGAUGGCAUUCAAGCGUUUUUCGAACACAAGAAGCAGAAUUGUAAAUUAAGGUUUAGCUGCAAAUGUGAAAAAGAAAGUUCAACAGACGCACCGACUGUACCUGUCUGCAUGAAGUGUGAGACGAAAUGUUCCAAUUGGUGGGAUCUUGUACAGCAUGCGGAAAUUGAACAUAAUUUAGUCUUGUAUAGAAAGCAAGAAGUAACUAACAUCCCAUCUACAUCUGGAGACGGAGAUCAAGAAUUGUCAGAUGCCAUUCCAGAAGAAUUUACGGUUAGUUGGGGUAGUCUCAGCGAAGACGGAGAUGCAACCUGGUCGACCACAACCGAAUUUACUAAUGGCGAUGCCAACUGCGAAAAAGUAAUGAAUAUUUUUCUAUCAUUUUCAAUAAAAUAA